AUGUACACCAUAUUUUUCACGCCGUGGACCAUUAUUGAAGAAAUCCCUCCUGAGUUGUCCGCCAGCCUGCCGCUCUAUGUAUUUAACUUUGUGGAUUUUGGAGAUUUAGAUGAUAAAGCAAGGCAUGGGGAUGGCUUAAUAGAUGUCAUUGGGCAACUCACUGUCGUGCAUCCGAUGGUGCAUUCUAGCAGUUUGAAUGGCCCAUCUGUAAGGCGGGAAGUGGAGCUGCGCGAUCUAGAUGACCGCGUUUUAUCGAUGACUUUAUGGGGUGAGCAUGCAACGUCUUUUGAGGACCAGUUCCUUAUUGAGACUAUAGGAAACGAUGAGGUGGUUGUGAUCAUUUUUGCUGGGGUCCAAGCAAGGCUAUUUUUAGGUUCGGCCAGCUGCCGGAGCCAUGCAGCAACGAAAUGGUACAUAAAUAUUGACAUCCCUGAGGUUAAUGCUUUCCGUGCUAGCUUACAAGGAAGAGGCUCUGAGGUUCAACUUCUACCAGGGGGUGCUGAUGCUGCAGCUGGUGGCUGUGACGAGGAAAAUGCUAAUAGGAAGACUGUGUCCGAACUCUUGUCCUUAAACCCCCAUGAAGAUAAUGAUGUACGCUUUACAUGCCAUGCAAGUAUAAGGGAAAUAGACGUCACAAAUGGUUGGUGGUACAAAGGUUGCAGCGUAUGUAAGAAGGGUUUGAAGGCAACACUCCAAGGCUACAAGCUAAAUGUUGUCAUCGAAGAUGCCACUGGCCGUGGGAAAAUAUUUAUGUUUGGAGGUGUAGCUGAGCAGGUCGCCGAAAGGUUAUUCAAUCCUCCAAGUGUGCAUGAAAGUGUUCCUGGUAAUGUCACUCCCGGUAAUAAAGAAGCAAGUGAUGGGCCGUCCGAUGCAAUUACAGAGUCUGCCAUUCCCGGUGAAAGCACUCCACCUCUAAAUGCUCGUACCUCCACUCCCCAAGAAAUUCAUCCGCCAAUGGAAAGGAGGCAAUCUGGUGCUGUUCAUGAGGGCCAUGGGUAUGCCUUUUGUCCCUAA